AAUAACCAAAUCAACCUUCGCAAGUUCCGAAAUAGUUUUUUUACACGAGUGAGCGGAUAAAUAGUGUUAAAAAUGUCUCUAUUGCCUUAUUUAUUCGACGAUCCUCGCUACAUCCGACCGUCGACCCUUCUGGACCAACACUUCGGCUCCGUUCUUGACCCCGAAGAUUUUUUGCAACCUUUUAGAGUUGCGGGCUACCUGAACAGAUCUCCUGCGGGUUAUUUGAGGAAUUGGGUGCCUUCUGCUUCUAGACAAGACAGCGGUUCGGUGGUUGCCUUCGACAAGGACAAGUUCCAAGCUAACUUGGACGUGCAGCAGUUCAAACCGGAAGAAAUCACGGUUAAAGUCACGGGGGAUAAUACGAUUACAAUCGAAGGUAAACAUGAGGAGAAACCAGACGAGCAUGGUCACAUAUACAGACAUUUUGUGAGAAAGUAUGUGCUGCCGAAGGAAUGUGAUAUAAGUAGGGUGGAGUCUAAGCUGUCUUCGGAUGGGGUGUUAUCCAUCACUGCUCCGAGAGUGGAAGAUGAGCAGAUCCAGGAGAAGAGUGUUCCGAUAACUCAGACGGGUCAGCCUGUCAAGCAGAUCGAGAAGAAGUGAAGCAAAGUGUAAACCAGUCAUUCGGAAAGUAUCUAUUAAGUUCUUAAGCAUUUUGUUCAAUAGGUAUUGUAACAUCUAUUUAUUCGUGUUUUAGUUUAGUUAGAUUAACUUUAAUUUUGUAAUGGAUACUGAAAAAUAAAACUAUUAAAGAUU